GAUCAGAUUGCAACACUGACACUCUCCUUCACUUCAUUCAUUACACUUUUUCAGGAUUCGGGUCUCGUCCAGAACCCGAGUUUUGGUAAUGGCCUAAUGGGAUUCAUUCAUAUCUGAGAUUGAUGUGAACAGAGAAUGAAGAUUGAUUCUUCAGUUUGCUUCUUCUUUUUGUUUCUGGUGUUGGGUUGUCUGAGCUGCGUUUCAGCUCUAGCGAAAGAUGGAGUUGUAGCCAAUAGAAGAUCUCUCAAAUUUAGUCUAGUAGAUGAGAAUCUGGGGUCUUGGCAGAAUGAGUUAUCUGAGGCUGCAGAGUCCCCGGGGCCCUCAAGCGAUGGACCACCGCUUGUAUUGGCGGCAAAAAGGACCAAGAGGCCUGAUAUUCUUGAUGGCUUCAAGCGUUAUCGAGGAGGCUGGGAUAUAGAGAAUCGCCAUUACUGGGCUUCUGUUGGAUUCACAGGUGCCGGUGGUUUCAUUAUUUCUGUCCUAUGGUUUGUUGCUUUUGGCAUGGUUCUUGUGGUUCACCAUUGCUGUGGAUGGAGAAUAAACAUCAAAGAUGAAGGAUCACACCGCUCACAGAAGAUGUGUCUGAUUAUUCUGAUAGUCUUCACAUGUGCUGCCACGGUUGGAUGCAUUCUUCUUUCUGUUGGGCAAGCUGAAUUUCAUGAAGAAGUCUUGCAUACUCUACAUUUCGUUGUAAACCAGUCAGACUACACUGUACAGACGCUUAGAAAUGUCACAGAGUAUCUGUCCCUUGCAAAGGAAAUUAAUGUGGCCCAGGUUUUUCUACCUACUGAUAUCAUGGAUAGUAUUGACAAAUUGAAUAUGGAUCUCAACAGUGCAGCAGAUACAUUGACAGAGAAGACAAGUGAAAAUUCUGAUAAAGUGAAAAAAGUCUUCAGUAUUGUGCGUUCUGUUUUAAUUGCUGUAGCAGCAGUAAUGCUUUUCCUAGCUCUGAUUGGUCUUCUUCUGUCCAUCCUUCGGCACCAACAUGCAAUUCACAUAUUCAUUGUUAGUGGAUGGUUACUUGUGGCAAUUACAUUCAUUCUUUGUGGAGCCUUUGUGAUCCUCAACAAUGCUGUUUCUGACACCUGUUUGGCCAUGGAUGAAUGGGUAGAAAAUCCCCACGCUGAAACAGCACUUAGCAACAUCCUUCCUUGUGUUGACCAGAAAACCACAAACCAGACACUAAGCCAGAGUAAAACAAUCGUCACUGACAUGGUUACUGUUGUAAACACGUUCAUCUACACCUAUGCCAAUACGUAUCCAUCGUAUUCUGAUCAGUAUUAUUACAACCAAUCUGGACCUCUGAUGCCUGCUCUCUGUUACCCCUAUGAUUCUCAGUUGAGAGAUAUUCAGUGUGGGGAUCAACAGGUGUCAAUUACAAAUGCCUCUUUGGUUUGGCAGAACUAUACAUGUGAAGUAUCAGAAUUUGGGCUGUGCACCACUCCUGGAAGGGUGAAGCCAGAUAUCUACACUCAGCUAGUUGCAGCAGUUAAUGAGAGCUAUGCACUGCAACACUAUACCCCUCGAUUACUCAGCCUCCAAAAUUGUAAUUUUGUCCGCGACACAUUUCAAACAAUCACCUCGAGUUACUGUCCCCCAUUGGAGCAUUACCUGAAAAUUGUGAAUGCAGGUUUGGCCCUGAUAUCAGUCGGAGUCUUGCUCUGUCUUGUUCUCUGGGUACUCUAUGCAAACCGCCCCCAAAGGGAGGAAGCGUUUGCGAAACUAUCCUUACCCGUAAUAGGCAGGAGCAAGAAGAGCAGUUCAAACAAUCAUAUUCAUAAUCGCAGCAGCGAUGUAUCAACAUCAAACACAUCAAAUGGAGUCUAAGCUCGAAGAUUAGAGUCCAGUUAUACAGAUUCAGAAUCAUUAUAAAGAAAUUAGAAAACCGAGUGGAGCGAAGUUCCAUUCCGAGUUGAGUAUAGCCAAAUUCUAGUAUUGUAAUCUUACAUUCUUAUGUAAAGUUUUGCCUAUUGCAAUGAUCUCAGAUUUGCUUUC